AAUGAUUUAUUUCUUACCGCGCCCAAACACAUGCUGAUGCUUUGAUUGGCUAUUGGACGCAGAAACACAGCCAGUUAGAAGCCCAGCCACGACAAACCACUCGCCAAGGCGCACAAUUCUCCUGUUCAAUAAACUUAAAUUGAACCUCGGUUUAAAACAACAGGAUAAAAUUGAAGGGUUGCUGACCCUAUCAGUGCGCUAAAUCAACUUGGGGACUCACAACGAUUUCAAACGCAAUUUAAGUUUCCAGCCGAUCUUGGCGUUAGAGAUGUAUUUCCUAGCAGCCAUCAUUUUUGCCGUAACCUCGCUGCCAUCAACAGAUGCGUUUUGCGAGCGUCUAUAUAAAAAUCCCUACUGGAGCCCUAAAAGUUUAGCACAGAGAGCUCUCGACGCAGACAUUGUUGUUUACGGCAAAAUUGCCGAAAGUCCAUGCGUAAAACCAAUCUUCAAGUUUGUGAACACAACAAAUCUACCGACUCUCUCAACCAACGCCACAAAUUCUUCUAGCAGUGUUCAAUUGACACUUCCCAGCAACACCAGCAACAUUGAUAUGCGCAACUCCACCGAUGAAAACGCGACAGAUAUUUGUUUGAGGCGCGAGUUUUACAAUGUGACGAUGAAUGUUUCCUGUGUCAUCAAAGGAGGAGCUGUUCCUUCUGUCAUUCAUCUGCGUUCAUUCGGGUUCGGUCCAAACAAGUGCACAUACUUCACAAGAGGUUUUACCUAUUACGAAACAGUCCAGUCAUUCCAUGUGUACAAAGGACAAAACUACCUCGUCUUUCUUGGGAGGCGCAAAGGCAAUGGUGAUUCAAACAGUUUUUGGCCACGUGAAAUCAAUCUACAAUCAGCAUCCACGGAAAUUAUAGAUGAGAAGUAUCUAAAGCCUGUUUUCGCGGCAGUUGGCGGUCAUGCGCACAGCCCUGAGGGAGUGGAUGAGACUCACAGCAUUUGUGUACCGUAUAUUGGCGGUGCACCGUCACACUACUUAAAACAUUCGUUUCUAUUGAUAGUGCUUGCCUGUGGAAUUUUUUUGAUUUAGGCCGAAUAAUGUAUUGUUUCCGGCGAAAUGUAUGUUUUUCCACGGGCCACUGAAAGUUUCUGCGAAUGACUCUUUACUCUUUCUAGGCAAUCAGGGCGAGAAUAGGCAACUGUUUAUAGCAAAUUUACCAUUAAAUGCUAGUAAAGAACUAACGUGCGUUUGUUUAAGGUGCAAGAGUCCCAAAUUGACUGUUUGUGAUAAUAUGAAAAUCUUUCUCUUUUUAGCGUGACUAACAAGACCAUACAGUGUUGCUUUUCUAGGCAAGGCUGAAAUUUAAAAUUUGUCUUCCAAUCAAAAGUUUAAGACUAUUAAAAGUGACCCGUUGUAGGCAUCUAUGAAAUAGAGUCUACUUUGAAAACGCAGGGUCUAAAGUAGAAGCUAUUUUUGCCAAUUACUACCAUAGACGUUUUGAAUAUGAAAUUUAUCAACUGUUUAUCAGAUCUCAGACAUCAAAAGUUCAUGUACGCACAAGAAACUGUUUGUUUAAUUUUUAUUCAAUUUUAUAAUGAAAAUAAACAUCUCAUUAGUUCUCAUAGACAGACAACUUUAGCUGUACCUAUGAUCAUAUUAUGUGAUGGAGAUCAACUGUGAAGCUGAGCAAAAAGAGGGGGAGAGGGUGGGGAAGUGGAUAAAUCACUUUGACUCCUGGAUAAAAAAAAAAGUGAUCUGCCAUUUCUCGGCCAUGACAAAGAAUUGAGCGAACCUUCAUCAGCUGUGAUGCUGAUAAACAAUGUUGUACAUGCUUAACGUUAAAAAAAAUUU